UCCGGCACCCCAGCCUUGCGUUUGGCAGCAGCUAGAGGAAGCAGCCGUGGGGCAAGGAAACAUUUCGGUGUGAGCUGGCUGCUGAGUCACUGGACAAACCUACUCCUGCUUCGUGCUGCCCCUCCAGCCAGGGGGACAUGGCCAGCAGAGCUGCUCCCCGGGACGUGCUGCGGCCCCGCGGAGGCACAGACAGGUUGUUCACCAUGAAUGUGGCUGUUCUGCUCCUGCUGGGGCUGGGGCUGUUGGAGGCAGAGGGCAGGUGUUUCUUCAACCGCACGCAGGAGCACUGUGUGUGCUACAACCUGUCCCAGGAAAGCGUCGGCAGCAUCAUCCAGUGCCUAGCAGCCACUGUCCUGGAGUUUCGGGGGGGAGAGCUGCAGAGAUAUGUGGCCCUCCCCAUCAGCGACCUCGACCCCCCCACUAUUGACAUGCUGGGCUCUCUUGUCAUCAGGAAAAUCAUUUUUGGUGAUCUUCUGGUGCCUGAGAUACUCCUGGCCCGAGUCCUGAGGUUCUUCUCCUACACCCAGGUGCAGGAGCUGGUAUUUGACAGCUGCACUUUUGAGGGGAGAGGCAACUGGGACGAAAUGGCCGGCCAGAACUUGCCCAUCUUGUCCCUGCACUUCCACAAUGUGACAUCUGCCCCGCUGACGGGCCGUGAGGAGGAUUUGUCCGGCCUGAGCAGCUGGCUGGAGACGCUGCAGGAGCUGGCUGUCACUGGCUCCCACCUCACCAGCCUGCCCUGCGGCAUUGGAAGGACGUUCAGAGCUCUGCGCUCCCUGGACGUGGCACAAAACAGCCUUGGGGAUGAGGGUUUGAUGCCCACCUUCUGCAAGGGGGCUUUCCCCCAGCUGCAGGUACUGAGCCUGCAACGCAACAACCUGACGUCCUACCAUGGCGUGUGUGAGAGCCUGCAGCUGCUGCCCGAGCUCCAGCAUCUGGAUCUCAGCCAGAACAAGCUCCUGGCAGCCCCAUCCUCCUCCUGCCAGUGGCCAGCGUCCCUCCGAACAUUUAACUUGUCCGACACUGGCUUGGAUGAAGUCCUCACACCUCUGCCUCCCAGUCUGGAAGUGCUGGACAUGAGCUGCAACCACCUCCACACCGUAGACACCUCCCUCAGCUCGCUGAAGAAGCUUUUCCUGAGUCAAAACAUGCUGCAGGCUGCCCCCUCCAUCAGGAAUUACCCCGUGUUGGACACCCUCCACCUAGACAACAACUCGAUUACGGAGCUGCCGUGGGAUGAGGUGAAGCUCCUGAGGCAGCUGCGGGUCGUGGCUGCGGCUGGGAACCCCUACAACUGCUCCUGCGCGGGGGCCGGGGCGCUGCAGGCGCUGGGGGGCACGGGGAGCCUCGGGGAGGGCUGGCCCCAGGGCUACACGUGUCGCUCCCCCCCGCGCUACCAGGGCAGGCUGGUGCGGGACGUGCCGGUCUCGGUGCUGCAGUGUGACCGCGCUGCUGUGAUCGCCCCUGUCUGCGUUGUCCUGGCCCUGCUCGGCGUGGCCGGGGCUGUCUGCCUGCUCAGGUCCCGGCCCGGGCUCCUCCGGCCCUGCCGCAGGGUGUGAAGGGGAUGCGUGACCAUUGCCACCAGCGUGUCCCUGUGGGGGCUGCGCGGCCAGGAGAUCCGUGGGAAGACUCACAGGACCCCAGGUGCUGGUGGGGCGUCUCUUGGUGUCCCCAGUCCAGGCUCUGCUGUGGAGCAGGGCUGUCCC